CAUUUAUCAUUUAGCAUUCUAUUUGUACUGGACCUUUUUGUCACGAUAUCCAUUUGAGAGAAGGAAGGAAAAAAAUCAACGACCGUCCGCCUUUGCGAAAGUGCAGAAUAUUGGGUGCAAAACAUAAAUUUGGCAUAGUCUAUAUGACGUGAAUAACGCGGUAAACAGCUCUUUGGCAGCCAGAUUAUCUGAAAAUCAAACCAUGUGAGAGAGCUGCUGUACAAAAGCUCGGAAAUAUGCUGGACUGCCCACACUUCCUGGGAGGUGUUCGCCGACAGAGCUCAGGUUACCAACUGCAUGAGAACGAUACGACUCCUUGAAGAAGCUUCGUAUCGGGUCACCAGUGAGAGGUAACGUGUUCAGGUCUGGUUGAAACGGAAUUGACGGAAGUCUUAACGCUUGUAAGUGCAGUCAAUAGAUUUCUACCAGGAGGCUUAACUCAAGUGAUCAGGUGCCAGAUAGUAGGUUUUGCGUCCAAUGGACAUCAAAACAGUCCUAUAGGCCGGCGGAAUGGCGAAGAUCCUUCACUUACACAAAGAGGUGUCGCCCCUCAAUUCCGAGAAGCUGACGCUGGAAAAUCUGAAGGAGGAAGAGGACUACAAAGAGAAUGGAGUUUUGAUCCAGAGUCCCAGAUCGAGCCACAAGGCCCACGAGGAAGGCAGCAAGGCGCCCUCCAACUUGAGGGAAAAGGGCACUAUAUCCAAUAAUUACUCAGCUAUUCAGAGCCCAGUUGGACCCAAUGGUAAUAGUGACGAGGCUGACGACUCUAUUCGCAUUCCGUCGGACACUUAUGGACUUCGGGAGCUGGAUAGAACGGUUUCAGACUGCCGAGAAACUUGGAACAAAAAAGGAGACUUUUUGCUCUCGGUCAUAGGCUAUGCGGUUGACCUCGGCAAUGUGUGGCGAUUCCCAUACAUCUGCUACCAAAACGGAGGCGGUGCCUUCCUCUUACCAUAUCUUCUGAUGGCUGUGUUUGGUGGUAUCCCACUCUUUUAUAUGGAGUUGGCACUGGGACAGUACCAUAGAAAUGGAGCCAUUUCUUUAUGGGCAAAGAUAUGUCCAAUUUUCAAAGGGAUUGGAUAUGCAAUCUGUAUAAUAGAUCUAUAUGUUGCCUUUUACUACAAUACCGUUAUGGCCUGGGCUCUAUACUACCUCUACUCCUCACUUACUUCUGAGCUCCCAUGGACCAACUGUAACAACGGCUGGAACACUGGAAACUGUACCAACUACUUCUUAAAGGAUAAUGCCACGUGGACAAAGUUUUCUGCCUCUCCUGCUGAAGAAUUUUAUACUCGCAAAGUGCUUAAGAUCCACAAAUCCAAUGGGUUGGACAACUUGGGAGGCAUCAGCUGGCAUCUAUUUAUUUGCCUGUUCCUUAUAUUUACUGUAGUGUACUUCAGUAUCUGGAAAGGCGUACGGACUUCUGGAAAGGUUGUAUGGGUAACAGCCACUCUUCCCUACAUAGUCUUGUUUAUUCUCUUGGUGCGGGGUGCAACCUUGCCAGGGGCCUGGCGUGGAAUCCUCUUCUAUCUAAGGCCUGAAUGGAAAAAGCUAUUUACCAUCCAGGUGUGGGUAGAUGCUGCAGCACAGAUUUUCUUUUCGCUUGGCCCAGGAUUUGGUGUUCUGUUGGCAUUUGCCAGCUAUAACAAAUUCACCAACAACUGUUACAAAGAUGCAUUGGUCACAAGCGCUGUGAAUUGCUUGACUAGUUUUGUGGCUGGCUGUGUUAUUUUUACCAUUCUUGGAUACAUGGCAGAAAGGAGGAAUGAAGAAGUAGCUGAAGUAGCUAAAGAUAUCGGGCCCAGUCUACUUUUCAUCACUUAUGCAGAGGCAAUGGCCAACAUGCCUGCAUCAACAUUUUUUGCCAUAAUAUUUUUCUUAAUGCUGAUCACUCUGGGUUUAGACAGCACGUUUGCAGGUCUGGAAGGAGUGAUAACAGCGGUAUUGGAUGAAUAUUCUGUGUUACUUAGAAAUCGCCGCGAAUGGUUUGUGCUUGGCCUAGUUGUGGUUUGCUUUUUGGGAGCUAUGAGCACUCUCACAUAUGGUGGGGCAUAUGUGGUUAAAUUCUUUGAAGAAUAUGCUACAGGUGCUGCUAUUAUUGCUGUGGUGUUUCUGGAAUCAAUAGCUGUAUCAUGGUUUUAUGGAAUGAAGCGUUUUUGCCGGGAUAUUAAAGAGAUGCUCGGUUUCAGUCCAGGCUUGUUCUGGCAAAUAUGCUGGGUCGCCAUUAGCCCACUUUUCCUUCUGUUCAUCAUCAUUGGUUUCCUGUCAACUCAACCAGAAGUUAAGCUCUUUGACUAUACCUACCCUUAUUGGACUGCAGUGGUUGGCUAUUUCUUGGGGAUUUCAUCAGUUAUUUGUGUUCCAUCUUAUAUGGUUUACAAGAUCAUUAUUACUCCAGGGACAUUUAAAGAGAGGAUCUUGAGAAGUAUAACUCCUGAAGUUCAAGAAAAUGAAACUCCUAAUUCUGGUGUCCAUCUGAACGCUAUUUAAAAAAAACCAUUGUUGGUGCUCUCUGCUUCUUGGACUGACUGCUCAGAUCAGCAAAUGGU